AUGAUCGAAAAAGGUAGUGCCAAUAUAAAUACAACAAACGUUUAUAAUUGUAAUAUAUCGCAUAUAUUGCUGACAAGGAAAAAAAAAUUAUUUAACUCAAUUGAUUUAUUGAAUUUUCUUAUUAAUAAGGAUGCCAAUAUUCAUAAAAAAUUAGACCGAACUUUAUCCAAUAUACUUCAGUAUUCCAUACGUAGUUAUGGUAUUAGUGCAUAUUUAAUUGAUAAAGGUAUUGAUCCAUAUGAAAAAAAUAAUAAUGGUAUAUCACCAUAUUUAUUAGCAAAAUUUUUCGGUUAUAAAGAUAUGAUUGAAUUAUUUGAACAACAACAAUGCACUACAAUGCAAAAUGAAGAAUUAACAAGAUCGGAUAAAAAAUUUGAACAAUAUUGCUUAAUGGACAAAUAUCCCAUAUUAUCAAAUGAUGACAAUGAUCAACAACAACAGCAACAACAUGAUCGGCUACGAUUUGUAGCUAAAGUAUUAAAUUCACCCGAAAUUGGUUGUUUACCAUCUAUUGAUGAAGUUGAACAGAUUCGAAAUGCUAUUCAUUCUAUGAUGGAAAAAACAAAAGCCGGUUAUCCAAAUGAAUUUGAUUAUAUGUGUAAUUUAACUAAAUUUGAAAAUAUUUUGACAAAUGUUAUUAGCUUCGAUGAUGAUCAAAGACAAUUUCAAAUAAAACCUCCAAAAUGUUUUGCUCGACUUGUUUGUAGUUCAGAUUUAAAUUCAAAUUUAAAUGAAUUCAUGUUUACCGAUCAAUAUGGUCUCACAUUAAUGCCAUGGUACAUUUAUGCACGAUUUACGCAAUUAAUAACAAUAGCUAUCUAUCGUUUUAAUGAAAAUAAUAGUAAUAAUUGUCAUAAUUUAGAAUGUGAAACAUGUUUUGUAUCAACAUAUGCUGAUCAUACACCAAAAACAGCAAUAACAAUUAAAUUAAAUUGGUAUGGGUCAAUUUAUAAACUUUUAAAUAUCUCGUUAGAUAUCGUACCGGUAAUUAGAUUAAAAAACUUUUGGCCAAAAACAGCUGAUACAGAUUUAUUAUCAAUGUUAAAAGAUUAUUGGUCUCAAUUAAACGAGGCAAAUCCACAGCAGCUACCAGGUGAAGUAAACACUUUUGAUGUCUAUUGUCAUGCGACACUCGUUGUUCAUUCAAGUUUUGAAACAAGUGGAAAUGUUUUUCUACGUUUAUCAUUGAGAUGA